UAUCGUGCAAGACAUGUGAUCUGUUCUAUACAUCGUACGUUGUCUAACUUCUCUGCGUCAAGUCUUCUCUUCUUGUUUUCUCUCCUUUACCUAACCAAAUUAUCUCUCUCUCUCUAAUCUCCUUCUUCAAUGGCUUCUCUUCACUUUCUUCUUUCCUUUCUCUUCUUUCUUUACCAAUCAGUUCAUGCCCAGAUCUCCUCCUCACCAGAUUCUUUUCAUCUUCCUGUUACUAAAGAUCUUUCAACUCUUCAAUACAUUACCCGAAUCAACCAUGGAGCUCUUCAAAUACCCACCAAUCUUGUAAUUGAUCUUGAUGGCGCACAUCUCUGGCUUGAUUGUGCCUCUUCAGAACAAGUUUCUUCAUCUUUACGUUUAAUACCCAGUUGCUCAAUUCAGUGUUCAAUGGCAAAACCCGGCCAUAAGAGUUGCAAUCAUCACUCGAGUUGUGAUAUUUUUACACAAAAUGGCAUCAUUCAGUUGGUAAAGACAGGGGAGCUUGUAGAAGACGUGUUAGCAAUCCCAUCUGUUGAUGGGUCAAAUUCAGGUACAAAUUUUGAAAUUGAGAAUUUUAUCUUAGCUUGUGCUCCUGCGACUCUUUUAGAUGGUCUAGCUAGUGGUGCUCAAGGUAUGUUAGGCUUAGGAAGGAGUAAGAUUGCUUUACAAUCACAGCUUGCUGCAAGAUUUGAUUUCCACAGGAAAUUUGCUACUUGCUUGUCCUCCUCUAAUGGUGUUAUACUAUUUGGUAACGUGGGUAGUGACUCAAUUUCUGACCCAGAAAUUUUAAGGUCACUAAGUUACUCUCCUUUAGUCACCAAACCAGAUGGUAGCUCGCUAGAAUAUUUCAUAGAAGUCAGGUCUAUCAAGAUUAAUGGAAAGAAACUGGCUUUAGGCCAAGAGGGCAUCGGAUUUACAAAAAUAAGCACAAUUGUUCCUUAUACCACUCUGGAGAGUUCAAUUUAUGAAACAUUUAUUAAAGCUUAUUUGAAGGCUGCAAAUUCUAUGAAUUUGAUAAGGGUGGCUUCUGUGGCACCAUUUGGACUCUGUUUUAGCUCAAAGGGAAUUGAAAGAUCAAUCUUGGGUCCAAAUGUUCCUGCAAUUGAUCUAGUGCUGCAAAGCGAGAUGGUGAAAUGGAGAUUACAUGGUGGGAAUUCUAUGGUGGAAGUGAAUGAUGAGGCGAUGUGCUUGGGAUUCUUGGAUGGUGGACUGGAUCCAAAGAACUCGAUUGUAAUAGGAGGGCUUCAACUAGAGGAUACCCUUUUAGAAUUUGAUUUAGGUACUUCUAUGUUAGGAUUUAGUUUGCCUCUUUUGCAGAGGCAAACUUCCUGUUCUAACUUCUUACUGGAAUCCAUGGUUGGGUCCUUGUAAUUCCUCGGUUUUUGAUUUUCCUUUUUUUCUUUUGUCUGUAGUAAAGUUGGUACGGGCUAGUACCGGCCAAUCAGAAUUUUGUUCAACUUUUAUCCUCUUAAGAUAAUUAAUAUGGAAUGUUAAUCAAGUAA